AUGGCCCAGCUCUACAAGCCCCCAGCGGAGCGCUACUCGCCCCAGGACAAAGACAGUUACAACACGCGGCCGAUAACUGACAGCAGCUUCUCGUAUUCGACUGUCGUGCGCCGAUGGCCGGUGAUUCUCACCAACAUCGUGUCGACCAUUACGGAUGAGAUCCACAAGCUGAGCCCCGAUGACCCGAAGCUGCCCGAGGGCAAGAAGAUCAUAUCGCAGCUGAGCGCACUGAAGCACGCCAUGGGCCGCAACGCCGUUCUCGAGCCGAUUCCCGAUGACGGCAACGCAAACCGCGCGUGCUACAACGAUGCGUUGGCCGAGACGCCCGAGGACGAGAAGCGGUGGUUCACCAUGAACUGGCUCUUCGCUGAGUGCUACCUUUACCGCCUUCUCCGGUCGCUCUUCGCCCUGACGCAGCACUGGCAACAGUAUGACCCCUUCUUCACAUCCAAGGUCGAGACGUACCGCUCCUCGUCUCUUGCGAUCGGACAGCUGGCUGGCGUUGUCAACGGCUUUGUCGACAAGAAGGAUGAGCUGCAGAAGGACUGGGACAAGCCCAAGAGCCCAAUGGAAACCGACCUGUGGGGGAACGCGACGGACCUCUCGCUCCUCGUCGACCUGAACUACGCCGAUCUGCAGAAGCUGCAGGCGAUCGGCGCCGCCGCGCAGGCUGAGCAGGCGAAACACGUGCUCCGCGACGACCUCACAAAGGUCUGGGACGUCCUCAAGGGCAUGAAGGACGGUCGAGUUGACAUUGUCCUCGACAACGCCGGCUUCGAGCUGUACACCGAUCUUGUCCUUGCCGACUUCCUUGUCAGCUGCACACCUUUCGUCUCCCAGGUUGUCUUUCAGUGGACGAUCGCUACACUCGCGGACGAGUCCUUCUUCCCGGACGAGAAGGAGGAGCUUAAGCGUUUGUCCGACCGUUGGAUGGGCCACCUGACUGCUGGGCGCUUCAAGCUCAGCAUUCCUCCCACAACCCCACUGGGUGCCGACGCCGGAGCCGCCAACUUCUGGACGACGCAGUACGCCUACCAGGAUCUCCCGGCGAUGGACCCUGCGCUCCUCGCCGAGCUUCAAAAGGCCGGCCUCGUGCUUUUCAAGGGCGAUCUGAAUGCGCGCCAACCGCGGAAUGACGAUCCUGGUGACGAAGCUGAUGCCAGCUACCGCAAGCUGAUCGGGGAUGCGAAGUGGCCCACGACGACUCCAUUUGAGGAGGCUCUUGGUCCACUGAAUGGCAAGUUCAACCUGGUCUCGCUGCGCACAAACAAGGCGGACACCAUGCCAAGGCGCUACAUCGCCGAGUGGCCACCCCAUGCGAGGAUUGUCGCAGCACUCCCAGGAAGCCAGCUAACGUCCAGCUGCGGUCUCCAGCCCGGCGUCGCCGAGCGCCUCGACAAGGAGGCGCCCGACUGGCGCACGAGUGGCAAGUUUGCCGUCAUCUCGUUUGCGCCCAAAACUGCCUAA